AUGAAUUAUCAACUUUACCUGAACCGUUUCACGUUGUGCGAAGAGACUAACGAAAAGUGUAAAAAGGGGAAUCUUGACAGAAUUGGUGAUAAAGUGAGCGGAAAAGGAUCGAACGAAGUUUUCGAUCAAUACAUUGAAAUAUCGGAUGAUGGUUAUGAGAAGGAGAAGGAACAGAAUCACUUUUUUCAACAAGAUAAUACUUGCGAAAACCCAUCUUCAGUUUUUGAGGAAAACGUGAACGACAAAACAUACCACGGUCAUGCAUCCUCAUCAACCUCUAUUUCGCCAAAAACCACUUUAAAACAAAAAACCAAGAGUGGGAAGCCAGAACGGUCAGAUUCGGACAGACCCUCUACCAAACUUCGAUUUAAUAAAAGGACGAUAAAUCUGGAAGCAGAUACUUCUGACGUGAUUGAAACGAAAGGAAAGUUCGAUGGAAAUUCUACUGCGAUCGAAGAGGACGAAAUGUUCAGCGGAAGUUCUACCUUGACUGAAAAAAAGAAGAGUAGUUCUGACGGAAAUUCAAUAAUGAUCGAAAAGAAAGGAUGUUCCACAGGAAAUUCUACCACGACUGAAGAGAAAAAAAUGCCCAAUGAAAAUUCCGCCUUGACCGAAAAGAAAAGGAAAGGAAAGUCUGACGGAGACUCCACUAUGACUGAAAAGAAAGGAAAAUUCGAUGGAAGGUCUGCUACUACCAGAGAGAAAGAAAUGUCUAUUGGAAGUUCUACCUUGAGUGGAAAGAGAAGGAAAAGAAAGCCUAAUGGAAAUUCUACUUUGACAGAAGGAAAGGAAGAACCCCAUAGCAAUUCUGACCUAACCAAAAAGAAAUCCAGAACAAAAAGUAUUUUAUCGAGUGGUAGAUCUCCUUGGACAAAGGAGGAGGAGAAUAUUUUGAUGGAAGCCGUUGAAGUUCAUGGCGCUAAGUGGUCAUUGGUCAGAGAAUUCAUGAACGGUAGUCGUGCACCGAAUUGUUAUAAGGUCCAUUGGGAAGUUAUGAAGAAAAGGUGUUUGAAUUCGGGGAUUUAA